AUGGAGACUAUCUUCAACGGGCUGAUCGAAAGCGAUCAUCCUCUACAAGUCAAGCUCGACCUGUUCGAGAAGCUUAUCCUUGCAACGAAGCGCCUGACGGAAGGCGAUGCUAAGGUCCUGACAGCCUUCGUAAGGAAAUGGGAAGUCUUGACGUGCUCGCCUGACUCCAUCCUGACUGUGCUGAAGCUACUGGAUGUGAUGGCGCUCGUCCUGCAGGAGGACAGGCCUCCCCUCGAGCCUCUUGCCGUGCUGGGGCAUGUGCUGGUGGCCUCUGCUCGCCUUGACUCACUCAUCGACGAGGCUCUCGCAGAGGGCUGGAGACCAGGAGAAACGAAGUCGUCGAGGAGAGGCGAGGCGAUCGUUCGGUUCACGCGAGUUCUCUUGUCUGCCCUCAGCUCUCAUCGUCCUGCCCCGACGUCUUUCCUGUUGUUUCCUCCGCCUCCCCUGCUGGAAGAGGAUUGGCCCGACCUCCCUGCUCAUCUUGUGCGUGAAGUGAGAGCUCAAGGUUUUGCUUGCGAGUGUGCGUACAGUGAUGUGAGGCUGCUGUCACCAGCAGGAGCAGCAGCAGGACUGUGUCUUGUUCGAGCUCUGGAGUUUCUCCGCUCACUUUGGGACCAUCCGUCGGCUGGUCAAUCUUUCCUGGCCUACAGUAUGGAGCAGACGAUGAGCUACUACAUGAGCAGCAGCGAGAACCCCAGCGCAUCCUUGAGCAUCGUCCUCAGCCUCUGCCCGCAGGUGCCUCCUGUCUCCCUCCCUCUCCCUCCAGCUCUGCUCCUCGUGACCGCAUGUCCUCAGGGUCUGGUGGACAAGGCGGUUGGUCACUUCUCGUCACUCGCAUGCGAUCAGUCGCAUUUCUCUGCGGCUCUCCGUCGCCUCCUCAGCCUCCCGCUUUCUCCUCCUCUCGCUCGAUGGGUCGGCGCCAUUUUCAUCGGCUCGUACAAAAGGGGGUGGGGACAAGUCGUGUUCGAAGCCGUUUCUUCCUUCUCCUCGCAGCUCGUGAGCGCGCUCAAGGAUCCUGCUGCUUGCUCCUCCUCUCUCGAUGUCCUCGCAGCUGCUCUGCUUGGCGAUGGCGCGACCUUCGACGGGUUCCACGAGCUGUUUGAUCGCUUGGCUCGCGAGCUUGAGGGCCUGGGCGUGGCCCUCGUCGGCCUGGAUCUGCCGCGGCGGCAGAGGAAGGGCGUCACUCGAGUCCACGCGUCGGUUCGCAGGACGAGCACUGACGCGCCUUCGGGCCUCUACAUGAUGGUGACCAACACGAUGCCGUCAGAGGAGCAGGAGGAGACGAGAAGCAGCCGAGACCUCAACUCCCUUCCUAGUCGACACGCCAAGACGCAAACGAUACAUGUCAACUCCCUCAACGAGGUUUCCAUCUUCGGUGAAAUCAAUGACAUGUCGUACAAGUGCUUUUCCUUUCCUGCUCGUCCACUGCUAGUGGGAGACUAUCAGGAAGAGCGCGAGCAUCGCAAGUGGGAGCAGCCUCCCCCUACUCCUCCGUCCUCUCUUUCGCCUGGUUUACAGCAGCUGCUGGGUGAGUUCAGGACAUGGAGAGAAAAAGAUGAGAAAGGAGGAAGAGGCAGCAGGACCAGAGUAAGAGGCUGCGCAGUUGUGGUGGAGGGCAUGUCGCGUGUCCACAGCAGGGAAAAGGAGCUCAGAUCCUUCCUCGACCGCCAUGGCGUCACCGUCACUGACGAGGAUGUUGCUGCUGUCCUGCAGAGGACGGCUCUUGUCUACGGGAGAGAAGAAGAAUGCGAAAGCACAAGCGGAGGAGGAACGCGAGGAGUACCAGCAGCCUGUGGCACACUGCGCGGGAUCGCCAAUAUUGGGAACAGCUGCUACAUGUCUGCAUUCCUGCAGGUUCUCUUUCACGCCCUUGACUUUCGCUCGCACCUCCUCUCGUCCCGAGCUGCUCGUGUCGGUCAACAGCUGGGAGGAGAGGCAGACAAGCACGCGGCGGCAGUGACGCGCAACGUGCGCCAAGUCUUCCAAGAGCUGGCGAGCAGCAAAGCCGCAUUCGUGAACCCCGAGACGCUUCUGCGAACCCUUGAGGGUCGAUUUACUCGCGGUGAACAACAUGACUCGUGGUAA